AUGACAUCGAUAUCUGCCGCGAGCAACAAAUUGUCCUUUAAGCCGAAGGCAGGCUCGUACUUCUACGAGACCUUCGCAUGCCAAGCUGCGUCCACCGACGGCUACAACUCGAUUCAGUUCUCUAUCAAAGGCCCAGCAGGGGGAUCGCUCACUCUCGAAAUCCAAACUAAGACAGCUUGCACAGCCUCAGCAUAUACGAGCAAGUACUUUGUGGUGAGUGGCCUUACGGGAGCUACUCAGACCGUCACUGUCCCGUUCACAUCAUUUGCUGGAGCCAAUGCCAACGCUGUUACUGCUUUCGUGUGGAGUGCAUUUUCUAGCACAACCGCAACAUGGGAGAUGAGCCAGGUACAAUUUGCUUGCGGCGCGGCAACAGUAUCAUCCGCGACUUCAAGGCCUGCAUCGAGCAGUGUAGCAGUCUCGAGCACAGCACCCGUAGUCUCAAGCAGAGCAAGCUCGGUUGUUCCCACCACUACGCGCGCCUCAUCCAUGACUACGGUCGUGGCCACCAGCAGCGCUGCCACUCCAUCCGGUCAGUGCAAAAACCUGCUUAUUGACGACUGGACCUCUCAAUCUCGGUUGACCUUCCUAUACUACAACGCCAUGCUCGAGCCCAGCUCCGACGACGGCACAUUCCAGUCCAUCGUAGUUGGCUCUCCGGCCGCAAACAGAGUUACGCUCACGCCGAAGGAUGCUGGCUCUUACUUCUAUAGCCAGACUGGGUGCACCAAUGCCAAGAAUGUCUAUGGUGGCAUCUCCCUCCGCAUCAAGGCCGCUGCUGGAACUAUCUUCGGCAUUGAGAUGUCCUCGGCUGCGACAUGCGGAGGCGCAGAUAAUGUAUGGGCGUAUCAGACCACUGCCCAGCUCGGAUGGACGUUUGACGGCACGGAGAAGCUUUACACUAUCCCGUUCACAAGCUUUCCUACCCUGGAUACAAGCAAGGUCACGCACAUCCUCUUCAGCAACCUAAACAGAGCCAUCAGCCUGGGGCCUAUGUCGUUCUACUGUGGAAACACCGUCAGUGAGUACGUGGUAACGACAUCAACACCAGCGAGCCCGAGCUCAACUGUUCCGGCGCCGAGGGGCACAGCUACCGCACUCAUCAUCGACGAGUUUGCCAGCUCUGCAACCAAUGCACUGGGCAACUGGCAUGGCGGUGAUGAUGGUAUGACCAUGACUUGGGGCACCAAGAAGCUCACUAUCAAGUCCACCGACGCGGAUUACUCUUUCUAUACUCAGCUCUCCGGCAGCUGCAGAGACAUGACCAGCUACGACGGUUCCUACUUGCACAUCGCCUACACUGGGUCCAAUGCCUUCACCGUUGCGCUGCAGCAACACAACUCGCAAUGCAACUCAGCAGUUGCGCCGUACCCAGAGACCUGGGACUCCAUUGAAGCCGCACGCUACGCCUCUGCUACGGACAUCUACAUCCCGAUGUCUCACUUCAAUAUCCAGCGUAGCCGUGUCAUCGGCGUCGCCCUCAAAGGCUUUUACAAAGCCGAUCCCGUGACCUUGACCAAGAUUGAGAUCGUUCCUUCCAUCCCCGCUGGCUUCACUAUCCCAGCCAAACUCCCCACCGGCAACCUCGUCUUCAGCUGCAAGCGGCCCAACAGCUUCGCCUUCGCCAUCGAUGACGGCGUUCCCGAGUUCGCGCAGGAAGUCCUCAAGAUCAUCAAAGAAGAGAACAUCAAAGUCACUUUCUUCACCGUCGGCGCGCCGCUGCUAGACGCAGGCACCAACCUGAGCAACGUGUACAACGAGAUGAUCUCCCAGGGCCACCAAAUUGCGCUACACAGCUUCACGCAUCCGAAGAUGGAGGGCUUGCCCGACUAUGCUGCCAUCGACUGGGAGUACAACGAGGACAUCAAGGCCGUCAAGCAGACGCUCAAUGGUCUCACCACGCCCUACUUCCGCCCGCCGUUCGGCAACGAGGGUGCGCGCAUGCGGCAGCGCCUAGCAGUCACGACGGGCACGGACAACCCGUACAUCGUGAACUGGUCAGUGGAUGUGGAGGACUGGCUGUGGGCGACGAGCAGCACGCCGGAGAAGCAGAUGGAUGCAUUCCAGAGGGAUGUUGAUAAGGGUGGCAAUUUGGUCGUGCUGCACUACUUGUAUCCGAGCACGGUGGGCUAUCUGAGGCAGUUCAUUCAGAGGGCGAAGGCGACGGGGAAGCAGCUUAUGAGGGUCGAUCAGUGCAUGAUGGAUCCGAACGCGCCGCCAUUGUAG